AUGCAACAUCAUAAGGCCAAUGCGGACAGACAUUCUUACUGCAUGAAAUGUGACCUUGACUUCCAGUCCCAGCAGACCCUUCAUCUGCACAAGAUUAUGAGCGACCGUCACUUUGCUUGUCCCGAAUGCUGUCUUGAACUCCGAAGCGAAGCUGGUCUAGAAGUUCAUAUGAGAAACAAUCACCACGAAUGUCAUGAAAUUGCUUGCAAGGGAUGUGGUUGCAAGUACAAGUCUGCGGCUGCAGUCAUGAAACAUAUCGAAGACAAGGAAUGUCCCGUCCUGGCCCUGCCGGAAAAAGCCCGCGAGGGCGCCAACUAUGACCUUCGCGGUGCAUCAAGCGUUCUGACCAUGGGAAGGGAUUCACCGGGACCACAGUCCCCGCCCUCUGAUAGCUCUAGUGAGGACCCAGAUACGGAUGGUGGCGUUCUUCUGGAUCUCUCUACACCCCGCAUGGAAGGAAAGCGCCCUACUCGUGGUACUGAGGAUGCAACCAAUCCUGAUGAUAACUGGCCCGAGCUAGGCGCCCUGACUCCAUUCAAAGAAAAAGCAGGAAGUAGCUCCACUGAAUCUCCAGGGGGUGUUCUCCUCAACGAUAUUUUCAAUACUACAAUGCGCCUCGGCAAUCCUCUCCCGUCUACUCAGGGAGCUACCGAGGAUUCGACCCAGGCAGGUCCUUCUGGAUCGACUCUGGUUAUCCAAGGAGCAUGCCCUGCUCAGUAUGGUCCUCCCACUCGCUGCAGAGCCACAGCUCACCGUAAGAUUCAAGGUGUUGAUCCUGAGAGCUUCUGGAAUCACGAGAAAAGUCGCUACUUCUGCAACUGUGGUUCGUCUUUCUUGUAUGUUACCACCUUUGAGUAUCACUUGACGAUGGAGGACGAAACAAUCAACGAUUGCCCUCGAUGCUUCAAACGAUUCAGGACCCUCGCCGCACUCGUCGCUCACAUGGAGGCUCGAUAUUCCAAGUGUGCUUUCCGUGUCACUACUGGCCAAAUUGAACAGGAACUCAGUGAAGUUACUCGUGGCUUUGCUGAUAUCCCGCAGAUGAUCGGGGAUGAAAUGGAGCCCGGGGAGAUUCCUUUCGAUGUGAGCAGCCAGCCUGAGCAUAACACUCCCGGGUCUUCGGAUGCAGAUAUCGCAUCUUUGAGCGCGGGUGACGUCUCUUCGAAUCCGGGGCCCGUUUGUUCAAAUACCGAUGAUGUCUCUUCCAAUGCAGAGGCUUUAUCCUCCAAUGGAGAUGACGUCUCUUCGAAUGCAGAGGCUGUAUCUUCGAACGCAGGCCCCGUGUCUUCUAAUGCAGGUGCCAUUCACUCAACUGUGGAAUCCCUAGUGGAUGAUUUGGAGGGAAUUGUCUUUUCCGAUACGUACGACGAAGAUUACGAGGAAGAACUCUGA